GACACACCGGAAGCAAACUUUCUGCUUGCCGGAAGCACGUGCGGGCGGCCGAAGCGGGGCGCCGAAGAGCUGCGUCGGGGCCGCGGCAUGGCGAUGUCGAGGUCCUCGACGAGCUUAAAGACCAGCUAUUCCGUCUUCCGGACAAUUGAGCCUUUCUACAAAGGAGGACCUAUUCAGAUAAGCCAAGAUGGGGAAUAUAUGUUUUGUGGUUGUGGAAGCAAGGUCAGUAUAGUGGACAUAGAAAGUGGAGACGUUGUCUACAGUAUUGAACAGGAUGAUGAAGCAGAAAUUACAGCAUUUGCUCUCAGCAAUGAUGAUGAAGUCCUUGUGACAGCAAGCCAAGCACUGCUACUUAAGCAGUGGGACUGGCCAGCGAAUAAAUGCACACGAACAUGGAAGGCCUUGCAUACGGCACCAGUGGCCAGCAUGACCUUUGACUCCUCUUCUACUUUGUUGGCUACAGGUGGCUGCGAUAGCACCAUAAAGGUCUGGGACAUUCCCAGACAGUAUUGUACGCACAACCUGAAAGGCUCGUCAGGAGUUGUCCACCUCGUCCAGUUCCAUCCCGACAGCAACCAGCAGCAGCUCUUCUCCUCCUCCAUGGACAACAGCAUCCGGGUCUGGGAUCUGCAGUCCAGCCAGUGUGUUGCCCAGCUUGAAAACCACUUCAGCUCAGUUACAUCUUUGGUGUUCUCGCCAGACAGUAAGACACUCAUCAGCUCCGGCCGUGAUAAGAUCUGCACGGUGUGGGACCUGAAGAAGAGAGCCCUGAAGAGCACGAUCUCUGUCCAUGAGAGUAUCGAAUCUGUGGUUCUCCUACCUGAAAAGGGGGACUUCUCAAAUGUGGGUGUGAAGAAAUCAGGCACUCAUUUUCUCACUGCGGGCAGCAGAGGGGUCCUCCGGGUGUGGGACGCCUCCUCGGCGCUGUGUGUGCACAGCCAGCUGCAGCCCAGUUUUCCAGUCGCACGGAAAGUGGAGGAGGAGCCUGGCCUUCACAGCCUUGUCCAUUGUGCGCUGGUGCCGAUGAAAAGCCAGAUUGUCGUUGCGAAUGCUGAGCGCAACAUCUGCCUGUACGAUGCACAGACACUGGAGCUCCGAAAGCAGUUUUCAGGUUACAAUGGAGAAGUUUUGGACGUCCGAUUCCUGGGCCCAAAGGACUCCCACAUUGUUGUGGCCACUAACAGCCCCCAGUUGAAAGUCUUUGAGUUGGCCUCCUCAAAUUGCCAAGUCUUGUACGGCCAUUCAGACAUUGUGCUUGCUUUGGAUGUCUUCCGAAGAGGGAGGAUGUUUGCUAGCAGUGCAAAGGAUAAAACCUUCCGUGUCUGGCUGAUGGCGGCAGACGGCGACGUCUCCUGCAUGGCCCGAGGCUUGGGUCAUGUGCAGGCGGUGGGUGCGCUCUCCUGCUCCAGAAUGAAAGAGAACUUUGUGGUCACAGGCAGUCAAGACCUUACGAUCAAAGUGUGGUAUCUUCCAGAGACUCUGCUUUUCAUGGAAAAGUCAGACGACACAAAAACUGUAAUUCUUCAACCUCAUCUGACAGAGAAGGCUCAUGACAAGGAUAUUAACAGCGUAGCCGUUUCUCCGAAUGACAAGCUGAUCGCAACCGGGUCCCAGGACAGGACAGCCAAGCUGUGGACCUCCAAUGGUUGUGUGCUGCUGGGAGUUUUCCAGGGACACAGACGAGGAAUUUGGUGUGUGCAGUUCUCACCUGUGGACCAGGUCCUCGCCACGUCUUCAGCAGAUGGUACUGUGAAAAUAUGGGACCUGCAGGAUUUCAGCUGCCUGAAGACUUUUGAAGGUCAUGAUUCCUCUGUGUUGAAGGUUAUCUUCGUGAGCCAAGGAGGACAGGUGCUUAGCAGUGACUCUGAUGGUCUCCUGAAACUCUGGACGAUGAAGAACUGUGAAUGUGUGAAGACUUUAGACGGCCACUGUGACAAAGUGUGGGGCUUGCACGCCAACAAGAAAGACAACAUGCUGGUGACGGGCGCCAGCGAUUCCCGUGUCAUGCUGUGGAAGGACGUCACCAGAACCGAGCUGGAAGAGCAGCAAGCAAAGCAGGAGGAGCAGCUCCUGAGAGAGCAGGAGCUGUCCAACUUGCUGCACGAGAAGCGCUAUCUGGAAGCACUGGCCUCAGCCAUUUCCUUAGACCGGCCUCACACGGUGCUGACCGUUGUGAAGGGCAUUCUUAAGGAGACCGGUGGAAAAGAGGACUUGGAAAAGAGCAUUAAGAAGCUGAGGAAGGACCAGAAGGAGGCCUUGCUGAGGUUUUCUGUGACUUGGAACACAAACUCACGGAACUGCCAUGAGGCUCAGGCAGUUAUUGGGACCCUCCUCAGGCAUGAAACCCCCGAGUCGCUCUUGGAGUACGAGGGCAUCAAAGCAGCUGUGGAGUCCCUCCUGCCUUACACAGAACGACACUUCCAGAGGCUGGGCCGGUUACUGCAGGCCUCCAUGUUCCUUGAUUUCAUGUGGCAAAGCAUGAGGCUUCCUGAUGGGUCCAAAUGGGAAGAAGAGAUGGACACGUGACCGAAGCCAGAAGGCAGGGCUGGGCAAGGUGGAAGAGCACCCCUUUCCACAUGAACGCAGGCUGGCGUUCUUGCUAGCAGCAUACCUUUAAAUAAAUGUUUUGAUUUUAUAAAAA